AUGCCAGGCGAGACCCUGAGAUCAAAAGCAACCUUAUCAAUCCCACUCGGUGACCAAGACAGCUUCUUCAUACACGGUCAGUGGAGCUUUGCCAAAGGUCACAUCUCCAUCGGCACCACUGACUUGCAAGAUAUCCAGAUCCAGCUGGCCGCCUUGACCAACAAUGAGGCCUUGAUCAAUCUGAUGACAGUCUCUCAUGUCAGUAGUAGCCCAGCUCAGAGUUUUGAUCAGUCAAAAGUAAAUCACCUGUCAGGUGGCAAGAUCACAUUGAUGAAGCAUGGGUUUGAUGACGAGUUGAUUAAGCCAGGAUAG